GGAACGAGCAUAGGAGCUCGCGGAACGAGCGUAGGAGCUUGCGGAACGAGUACGAGGAUCAGCAGGGCUAGCUUAGGAGCUCGCGGAACGAGCACAGGAACCUGCGGAACAAGGAGGGCGACCACGGAACGAGAACGAGGCGACCGCGGAAUGAACUCAGCAAGCGUAGUGACUGCAGAGCGAGAGUAAGACACCUUCGGAACGAAGUCAAGAUCGAGGCAGGACAGAGUCCCAGGAACGAGUCGGAAACAGAGGGAUUUGUGAGGCUUGGAGAACCGAGGACGAGGUCAGCGAGCCUGAGGCAUCGUUGUGAGAUCACUCCCCGGCACGUCUCCCCUCCACUCUCAUAGUAUAUUCCGAUCCACCCAUGUCACCUCUACCCCCGAAGCAACGGAUCACCCCACCCCUCGAACAUCAUCGCGCCCGGGGGUAUCCCACUCCCGAGCUACACAACUGGAGCCCACCGCGAGGGGUGGUACCAUAUUCGUGCUUCUUCCGCUCCGCCUACGGCUUCGCGUCAUCGCGUUCACAGCACAGGCAAGCACCCACAAUCCAAUCCAUUCACUUCCCAUCCACUACGAGUACGUCACAUACAGAACGAGGGCUCGCGUUCGAUCAAGACACGGCCAGAGUCACUACCGCGACUGUGCACAGGCGAGUCGACAUCUGCUAUACCCUCCAUCAUCAGUCCACCAUUACGGUGCAUGCGGAAUCGACGCCAAUGCGCGAAGCGGAUGUAGUUGCGAGAUUGACCGGCGCGACGGAACGGUUCAGGUCUAUCACGGAGUCGGCGACUGGCUGUCUUGGAGACGACGGCACGUACGCACUCGACCGCCUCUUCAUGGCCUCAGCAUCUACAACCCAGACCUACGAGCAAGCUACGGGACGCGCGACCGUGAACUCCGAGCCAGUUACGGCACAUGCAUGGGACGACCAUCUCGCGAUGCACACACUCGUCGCAAGCGACACUAUCGCCCAAUCCAUGCAGAUACGGAACCACGGCGUCCACGAGACUCGACCAGCCACAUGCGCGAGCAUUGCCGCGGACGGACAGAGACGGGAGACGACGACACGCAUACAGGAGCGAGUUCUUGUGCGUACGGGCAGCGAUUUCGUAGUAGCCGAGGACGCUUCUCGCGGUACUAGCAGGACAGUCGACCCGGACACCCACGUCACCGUACGCUCGCAUGUUCACCGAGGCAGCUCACUCGCACUUCGCAACUUCUGGAGUGGAGUAGCAAGUCUCACGGCGAGGAAACAUGACGGAGCUACCCAGUAUGAGGGCCUGACCACGCCGACGAGACCCGGGACGAACACUAGCAGCGACAGUUUAAGCACCCACGAGCAAGUGCUCGGAUUCGAAGGCACGCGCAGAGGAGGAAGUGCCGGUUCGCGGGGGCGACACGCGAUGAAUAGACGAAGUGGCUGGGAGCUGUAUGUGGGUAAUGCGAGCUCUAUGACACAGAUGUCUAUGGCUACGACAGGCGGUGGUUUGCCCCUACUCGACGAAUCCUUCUGCAACACGUCACGUAUAACGGGAACAAUGUCCCAGCCCGGAGUCGACAUGUGCAUGGGAAGGGGACCCGCCAGCUUACAGAAGUGGUUAAGCGAAUCAGCACCUUCAGAACUAGGCAUCAGUACCACGAGCCAGGAGCAAGAGAAGACGCACCCGGCGGGCGGAUCCGAACGAAGUCAGAGCCCCAUAGCGACGAGUGGAUGGCGGGACGAGCAAUGUGCUCCGCUAGAAUCAGUAUAUCCGUCGAGCUUGUUGGGCCUGUACGAGUGCGUCACGAAGGGAGAUGAGCGAGCGACUUCGGAGGGCGGAGCCUGUCGAGCGACGAUCAGCCUCGGGAUGCUGAAAACUGCGAGCUACAAGAGCCGGAGCGAGCGUCGGACCUGCAGGACCUGGAGUCCAGCGAGUAACCGAGCACGCGAGCAGAGGAUCCAGGGAUCAGGGCCAACGAGUGACGCCAGCAUCGGAGGCGAGGAUUUGCGCAAGCAAGAGGGGCACGCACGGGAGGCGAGCGAGCAGGCGCCAUUAGCCAAGGUGCAGACCGCGACUGAGACGUACACAAUCGACCACCGUGAGUACAAGACGCACCACCACGGCGCGGAGAUAGAGGAAGAGGUCGGGAAUCUGCUGGCGGCGCCGAGACGAGUCCUCACGGUCGAAGACGAUUACUCACGGCCGGAGGAGGGAACGGGAACGGUGAAAUCGCUGGGAGCGACGCGUGUCUUGCAGUGGUCGGUCGCCGACACAGGAGCCCGUUCAGCGAGGUACUGGGUCCGACGCGAGGAGAUCGAGGAGGAACGGAUGUGCCGUACCUAGUCGACCAUGUGCGGAC